AUUUCCGAGCUAGUUCCCAAGUGCCACCCUCUGGGCAGCUUUGAGCAGAUGGAAGCAGUCAACAUUGCUCAGACUCCUGCAGAACUCUUCAAUGCUAUUAUAGUGGAUACUCCUCUGGCUGAAUUUUUCCAAGACUGCUUGUCAGAAAAUGACAUGGAUGAGAUGAAUAUUGAAAUUAUGCGCAACAAGCUUUACAAGUCCUACCUUGAAGCAUUUUACAAGUUAAGCAAACGUCUCGGAGGGACCACCGAAGAAAUUAUGUGUCCUAUGCUCGAGUUUGAAGCAGACAGACGGGCAUUUAUUAUCACUAUAAACUCUUUUGGCACUGAGCUUAACAAGGAAGACAGAAAGACCUUGUACCCAACAUGUGGGAAGCUGUACCCAGAGGGGCUGGGAUUGCUCGCCAACGCUGAGGACUACGAGCAAGUGAAAAGCAUAGCUGGAUAUUAUGCUGAGUAUAGAGCUCUGUUUGAAGGGAUUGGAACUGGAAGUGGAGAGAAGACAUUGGAAGACAAGUUUUUUGAGCAUGAAGUUAAAAUGAAUGUGCUGGCGUUCAACAAUCAGUUCCACUUUGGUGUCUUCUACGCUUAUGUGAAGCUAAAGGAACAGGAAUGUCGGAAUGUUAUCUGGAUUGCUGAAUGCAUUUCUCAGAGGCACAGAACAAAGAUUAAUAAUUACAUUCCUAUUCUGUAG